CAAGAUCGUCUCUCCUAUCCUCUCUCCCACUCUAUCUCUCAAAACAUAUCAAAAAUUUCUGAAGCUUUUCUUUAGUUUUCUUGAGCCAUGUCUCCAAUGAAAACUGUGUUGCAACUGAGUGUUCUCGAGGAAAGAAUCAGGAAGAAAGCUUUUGUCACUGUUUCUAGAUGUCAAGGUGUUACUUCUAUAGCAUUUGAUAAAACCGGGAAAAUGACGGUGGUUGGUGAAAUUGAUGCACCGGUUAUCGUAAUGAAGCUAAGGAAGCUAUGUAACACAGAGAUUGUUUCGGUUGAAGUUGUCAAACCACCAGAGAAAAAGCCCGAGGAGAAAAAACCAGAAGCUAAACCGGAAAUUGUUGCAUGGCCGGUUCAGAUGAGCAACGCUUACCAAUACAAUCCUGCCUAUGCAAAUUGUUACUAUCAACCAUACGAGACUUCUAGAGUUGUUGUAGACGAACCUGGUUGUGUAAUUAUGUAAAUUUUUUCUAGAGUUAUUUCUAAAUAAUUUUUUUUUUAAAGUUAUCCAACACUUAGUUUUGAUGGAAGAGUACUAGUGUAGUUUUUUAAUUUUUUUUUUGCGGUUACUACUACUUGUA